AUGUCCUGGAAAAUUUUUACUCGUAGGACUCCUCCUUUCCUUGUACUCCUUGUGACCUCAGGACCUGGCCAGCUAAAAGCUAGGAUGACUAUUCGUCAAACGUGGGGGAAACACAGACUAGUUGCUGGAAACCGCAUUGUGACAUAUUUCCUUCUGGGAAUAACCACAAAAGAAAGUGAUCUAAUUGAAAUUAUUUUUGAAAGUCAGAAAUACAGAGACAUUAUACAGAAGGAUUUUAUGGAUUCAUACUACAAUCUGACUUUAAAGACAAUGAUGGGAAUUGAAUGGGUUCACAUAUUUUGUUCUCAAUCCAGGUUUGUGAUGAAAACGGACACAGAUAUGUUUGUCAAUAUCUUUUACCUGAGUGAACUUCUUUUAAGAAAAAACAGAAGCACCAGAUUCUUCACAGGCUUUUUAAAGAUGAAUGAGCGCCCAAUACGAAACAGAUGCAGCAAAUGGUAUGUGAGCGAAGCUGAAUAUCCAGCAAGCACAUAUCCUCCGUUUUGCUCAGGGACUGGUUAUGUUCUCUCCACUGAUGUUGUUAGUCAGAUUUAUAAUAUUUCAGAAAGUGUCUCUUUUAUUAAACUGGAGGAUGUUUUCAUAGGACUGUGUCUCACUAAAUUAAAAAUCAACCCAGAGGAACUUCAUUCAGAGCAGACUUUCUUCGCAGAUAGGGUUAGAUUCUCUAUUUGUCACUUCAAGAAAAUUGUGACAUCUCAUUAUGUGAAACCUCAACAGCUGUUGAUUUUCUGGGAUGCAUUGGAGAAAUCAAAAGAUGACGAAUGCCCAGAUGUGUGAGAUAACCAAGCUAACAAAUUGACACCAAAAAAUUGCAGGACCAGCUUUUAGUAGGAUUACCACAUGGUGAGUAUUUGAUUGGCUGGGCCAUUUUUAAAAAUGGAUUUGCCAGUUAUUAAUAUAAUUUGCCUUUUUUAACAUAAAGCUAAAAAUCUGCAUUUUUAUCACAAUAAAUUGGGAUAUAUAAUGUGAAGUUUCUGUGUCCAGCUAAAAAUGUUCCUAUGUUCCCACUUCCACACUUUAGGGAAACAAUAGUAUUAAUUUUAUCUAUGAGUUAUCUCUUUAUCUACUGUAAAUGGCUGUUGGGGAGGGAGGCGGGAUAUCAGAGGUGCUUUGUGAGUGGGCAUUGGUUUCUUUGCAUAUCAAAGGUGGUAACGCUAGCCUUCAGUCAAAGCAAAAUUCCUAGGCUGUGUCUAGACUGCAUCCCUUUUCUGUAAAAGGGAUGCAAAUUAGACGUAUCACAAUUGCA